UUGUGUCUCCUAUAAACCGCUGAAAUUCAGAAUAUCUGUUCUCAUAAGCGUCCUGAUCUGAUUUCUUAUCAUCUUCAUCUAUUAACUCACACAACUCUUCAUUAAUCCGUUCAUACUGUCCCAAACAUCUCUCGAACCGUAGCAGUUCUUCAUCUUUAAUGAACUUAGCAUUGUGUUCGUUUCCAUGCAUUUGGACAGAUAAUUCUUCUGUUUGGUGAUGUGUGCCAGCGUUCCCUCGAGUUCUCCUUCCAGCCUGUGUAGUUUCUCCUCUACAGCCUUUUCUGUGGGCUUUAGCGCCCUCUUUUGGUCAACACACGCAGCUGCGCUUUCAUCUGCCAUGUCACGUGACUUUAAAAUCUUCACAAAACACCGUCACAAUUGUAAAUAUUUUCCACAAAGCUUCUACUCUUCUUAUAAACACUCGUCUACAGUCACUGACGUGCAGGAUUGAUUUAGCUCAAGCUCCAUGACUUACAGGAGGAAACAGCCAGUGAACACCUACAGUCACUUUUAGAUGAAGACUAAUGGAGUCAUGAAGAUAUAAAAAUAUCAGAAGUGUUCCAGGAGAGAUUUCACUCAGCUGAAGACCUCUCUCUCUGUGGUGGGACUCAUCCUCUUCUCGUUCCCUACGACACGCCGACGGCCAAAGAGAAAGCGCGAGACCGAGAGAAGGUGCAUGAGCUGCUCAGGUUCCUCCAGCUGAACGGAUAUGCAGUGACCAGAGGCCUGAAGGACAUGGAGAGCGACAUUUCCUCCAUUGAGAAGCGCUUUGCUCAUGGCUUCUUGCAGAAACUGCUGAAGUGGAUGGACAUUGUGCAGGAGUUCAUCACUCAUCUUGAGGUGUUUAUCCUCCAAUCCUACAACGUGUCUCUGCUGUAAACAGAGGUGGUGGUCAGCAGUGGUCGUGUGGAGAAAUCACCUCAUGAGCAGGAGAUCAGUUUUUUUGCUAAGAUCCUCCUGCUGCUGAUCAAUCAGUAUUUCCUCCUCUCUUCUCUUCUACAUCUACAUCUACACCAAGGAACUUUCCCUCAGCAUGGAAGACACAAUGGAUCUCAUGGACUCUGCUCAGUAUCUGCUCAUGGAAAGCCUCUUCUGCUACUGCUGCAAAUUCCUAAAGGACAAUCUGAACCUGGAUAACUGCUGAGAGAUCUGGCAGCACGUCCUCCUCGCUCGUACGAGGAGCUGAGCAAAACAAGCCCUCGACUACGUUCUGCGUAACUUCCAGGAAGUUCUCAGGUCACCAUCCGGGAGCUUGUUGGAGCUGAGCGCCGAACAUCUCUGCAACAUCCUGGAAAAAGAUACGCUGAACAUCGAGCAGGAGAAAACGGCGUUUGAAGUGUUGAUCAGCUGGAUCCAGCAUGACCCGGACACCCGAAUGCAGCACUUGGUGGACCUGCUGAAGAAGGUAUCUGAGGCCCUCCAUGAUUCAGCACCUGCUCAGAAGACUUGUGUUUGAUGUACCAAAACUGCUGUGUAAUCACUGGUGUGUUAUAGUUGCUGACUAAUCAUUACGAACGCUGCUGGAAGUAGUACUGUCUGCCCAACGGCUGGGCCAACUUCAGCGUGUCUUCAGAGGAGGAGCUUCACCUCACACGCAAACUCUUCUGGGGGAUUUUUGAAUCUCUGGCACACAAGAAAUUUGAUGCAGAAUUGUUUAAAAUCGCGAUGCCCUGCAUCUGUGCCAUAGCCGGUGCCAUUCCUCCUGACUAUGUGGACGCCAGUUACUCUUCCAAAACUGAAAAAAAGGCUUCUGUGGAUGCUGAAGGCAACUUUGAUCCCAAACCGGUGGACACAACCAACACGAUCAUUCCUGAGAAGCUGGAGGGAUUUAUAAACAGAUACGCCGAGUACACUCAUGAUAAAUGGGCUCUCGAGAGGAUCCAAAAUAACUGGACAUUUGGUGAAGUUCUGGAUGAAAAUUCCAAGACUGUUUAGACCAUAUGUGGGCUCGGGAUUUUCAGUAUUCCACCAGGACCACAUUUAACAGGUUUAACUUUUUAUAACUUUAUUCAAUUUCUGACUUUUAAAUAAAACUCUUAUUUUUAGUCAUUUAGUUUUCACUGUAUGUGCACAGAUUUACAUUUGUUCUGAAUAAAACACACAAAAGCACAAAGAUCAAAAACACUGAAAUAUCAGUCACAGUGUAAUGAAAACACUACACAUUCAAAUCUCUCAGUUCACCGUGGAGAAUUUGCACAAUAACCUGUGAUCUCAAUUUGUCAGUACACAAAACUACAACACAAAUUUACACCAAAAAAAGGAAUAAAACAAAUGAUAAAGAUCACUGGGCCAGAAAAAUGCACAUAUACUUCAGAACAAUAACCCUUAAUACCCAAAACACAGCAGUGGGAAUAAGGAUGAUGAGCUUCCAGACAACCAUCUACACUCACUUCACAACAGCUGCAUUUCCUAUCAUGAUGUUGUACACUUAGGAUUGUAUUAUAAUCAUUGCAGCUUUCCUGAGACUGCAUCUCUCUCUCUCUCUCUCUCUCUCUCUCUGAUGCUGAGCACGUGUCAAAACGUUUACUUACAAGAGCGCAUGCGCACUUCCUCAUCCGCACCACACACACAUACACACACCCGAAUACUGCCCCUAUCGCCAGCUUUAGGAAUUACAGGUGUGUACAUGCAAAACAACUUAAUGCCAUUUUCCACCCGCUUACACAUACAACCUUUUUCAGAAGGUAAGAGAGAGGGUUUAUUUUGAUUGAGUGUGAGUGUGUGUGUGUGUGUGUGUGUGUGUAAGUGUGUGUGUGUGUGUGUGUGUGAACUGAGUCUGUGCAGCUCUCAGACAGUAAAACCGCACACAUGAGUGAUUGUACCGGCGCACCGGAGUGUCAUUUCCGCGCCUCGGACUGGGCGGUGAGUGAUGCGCGCGCGGACAGGAUGGACACCCAUGGGGACAUGAUGGACACCCACAGGGACAUGAUGGACACACACGCACACAGCAUGCUGUUAGGCCUGGCUGAGGAUGAUGCUGCAUACUCGGUCCCGGACUAUCUGGACCCGAACUACACGGACGGCGACGCACCGACAGCGAGGACGCGCCCGAGCACGCGCAGCCGGUCCGGGGAGGUGACGGAGCUCGAGGCGCAGGAAGUGCGCUGGUUCUACCGAGAGGACAAGAGGAGCUGGAAGCCCUUUGUGGGACACGACUCCCUGAAGAUCGAGCUCUCUUACCGGGCUCUGUGCGCGCUGAGGGAUGUGCGCGAGGGCGUGUUUGAGCCGGAGGACGGUGUGUGUGAGGGUCAGAGUGUGUGUGAGGACGUGGGGGUGGAGGCGGUUUGUGUGCGUGGAGGACUGUAUGAGGUGGAUGUGAAGGAGAAGGAGUGUUAUCCGGUCUACUGGAACCAGCAGGAGCGUAUUCCAGUGAUGAGAGCUCAGUGGUUUACAGAUGGGACGUGGUUGCCACUGGAUGAGGAGGAUGGAGAUCUGAUUGAGGUGGAGCAUUUAACUAAAUUCAGGGGACAUCGAAUAGAAGAUUCCAUCGAAACAGAAGGAGUGAUCACAGCUCCAGAGAGCAAGGAGGUUGUACACAGUGUGAAGUUGAGUCGCAGUCAUGUAGAUUGGCACAGUGUGGAUGAAGUUUAUCUGUACAGUGACGCCACAACAUCCAAAAUCGCUCGAUCUUUUACACAGAAACUCGGCUUCUCCAAGGCCUCCAGCAGUGGCACUCGUCUCCAUCGUGGUUACGUAGAGGAAGCAGCUCUGGAAGACACGCCUGCCACCACCCACAUUGUGUUUGUGGUGCAUGGGAUUGGUCAGAAAAUGGACCAGGGGAGGAUCAUCAGGAACACCAGCAUGAUGCGUGACGCUGCGAGGAAAAUGGCAGAGAAACAUUUUUCAGAGCGAACAAUGGAGCAUGUGGAGUUCCUGCCUGUGGAGUGGAGGUCAAAGCUCUCUCUGGAUGGAGACACAGUGGACACGAUCACACCUGAUAAGGUACGAGGACUGAGAGACAUGUUAAACAGCAGUGCUAUGGACAUCAUGUACUACACCAGUCCACUGUACAGGGACGAGAUAACGCGAGGUCUGACCUCGGAGCUGAAUCGUCUCUACACACUGUUCUGUUCCCGUAACCCCGAGUUCGAGGAGACUGGUCGAGUGUCCAUCGUCUCACACUCGCUCGGCUGCGUCAUCACCUACGACAUCAUCACCGGCUGGGACCCCAUCCGCCUGCAUCACCAGGAAUCGCCGGUCGCCAUGGAGACGGACUCUGUGUGGCGCAGCUGUCAUGAACAGAGGCUGGUGGAGGAGCUUCGUCUCACUCGCCUGAGGUUGAGGGAUUUGGAGGAUCAGUUUCAGAGCCUGAAGUCCUUGAGGAAUUCUCCAGCAUUGAAAUUCAAGGUGGAGAACUUUUUCUGUAUGGGUUCUCCGUUGGCCGUGUUCUUAGCCCUGCGUGGGGUUCGUCCUGGUUCCUGCAGGUCUCAGGACCACAUCCUGCCUCGGUCCAUCUGUACCCGACUCUUCAACAUCUUCCAUCCUACAGACCCAGUGGCAUACAGACUGGAGCCGCUGAUCCUCAAACACUACAGUAACAUCGCUCCUGUUCAGAUCCACUGGUACAACACCAGCAGUCCCACUCGGUAUGAUGACAUACGGCUGGUGUUUCUGACACCGCUGAAGGAGUGUGUGUCUCUGUCAGAGGGGGAGAACACCCCAAGUCCCUGUACGUCCCCCCCGCAGCAGCGCAGGAUGGGAGAGUCCAUCACCAACCUAGGGAGGGCGAGCAUCAUGGUGUCAGGAGCGGCCAGCAUCGGUAAAGGAAUUGGUGGAAUCCUGUUUUCCCGUUUUUCCCGUUCAAGCGGACAAGUGGGCGGAGCUGAAGAGGAGCAAAUCAACUCAGAGGUGGGGCUGUUUGAGGCAGAAGGUGGGGCUAAUGGCCAUGAGGUUGUGAUCCCUGAAGCAGAGGACAAGAUGGAGGAGAAGACGGAGAGAGAGAACGGCAUGUCACAAUCCACGUCCACCGUCAUGGACAACUCUUCCCUCUUGGAUCUGGAUUGGCGGAUAGACUUCGAGCUGAGGGAGGGGCUUGUGGAGAGCCGGUAUUGGUCAGCAGUGACGUCUCACACGGGCUACUGGUGCUCAUACGAUGUGGCUCUGUUUCUGCUGACCUUCAUGUACCGAGAAAACACAACACACACAGGACAGGAGGAAACUGCUGAGUCAUAACACACAGAAACACACACACACACACACACACACACACACAGGACAGGAGGACACAGCUGAGUCAUAACACACACACAGGACAGGGGGACACCACUGGGUCAUAACACACGCACUGUACACACACACAGGACAAGAGGACACAGCUAAGUCAUAACACACACACUAUACACACACACAUACACACACACACACACUUCUUCUUCUUCUUCUUCUUCUUCUUUCGCCACA